UUAUCGACAUUUGCCAUCUCGCUCUCGCGCUGUCAAUGCGAUAAACAGAAGAAGUGUCAAAAUGGAGCAUUUGUACAGCAAGAGAGACAGAACGACGAUCGGACAGUUUGCCGUUCUCAUCCAGUUCAUGGAGGAGAAUGUUGCCUUUGCCAAACAAAAGGCCAGAGGAAAUAUGUACGAGGAUGGCGUGAGAGAGACGUGGAAGGAUCUGGCGGAUCAGCUGAACUCCCGCGGGCCGCCUGUCAGGGACUGGAAGACGUGGCGGAAAGUCUGGAAUGACUUCAAGUUCGAGACGCGGAAGAAGAUAAAGCUGUCGAAGAUGCACAAAACCGGCAGGAAUGGACGUGUUGGACUGCCCCAGAGAUCUCUGGAGCUGUCAGAGAAUCAGCGACGAGUGACGAAGCUCCUUGGGUUGGAUCCCAUGGAGUCUGACAAUGAGCAGGACGCGAUUCUGCUGAAUCCAGCUGAGGUGAAGAGAUCGCCUUCGUCAAUGGAAUCCAGCAGUAAAAUAGAAUUCGUCUCGAUGAGCAAUGACAAUUACGAGAAUGACGAGGAGAGUUCCGAAGACAGAGCCGAGACGCCGCUGAUGAGCUCUGUCCGGAGGAUGUCCGUCUCUGCGGCUGACAUCACGCGAUCUGAUAGUCACAUUCACGAGCACCUCCAAGUCGUGAUGGAGCAGCACGCGCGACUGCAGAGCAUGGAAGAGCGACGCUUGGAAGUCGAGGAGCGGAGACUGGCUGUUGAGGAGGAGCGACUGCACAUCGAGCAGAAGCGCCUGGCGAUUGAGCAGCAGAAGUUGGCGUACGAGAAAGAGCGCUUCGAGAGGGAAAAGGCAAGAUGGAAUGUUGAGGAAAGCAAUGCUAAAGCUGCUGAUAAAUCAGCGGAUCAAACCAAAAAUUGUAAAUAAGAUUAUUCGGCUAUUUUAAACUCUUUAUAUCCAAAUAAAUAUGUUA